CUUUUUUUUAUACUGUUUAUUUUUUACUAUUUAUAUCCUGUCUGAAUGGAGUUUUCACUUGCGUUUUAUUUUACAGUUGUCCGGCAACAAAAAACAAACCAUUGCAGCAGCGGCAACCGUUGGCAACAAAGUUGGUGAAACGUCCGUAAAAAUGUACUGGCCGAGUGAGAGCACGAAUUAGCAGCCACAUCAAUUUCAGGCCAGCGACUCAAACUUAAUUAAAACGCGUGUUGGCCAGACAAAUUUCUGCGGACUCUGUUGAUAAUUAAUUGAAAUUUAUAUACCCCGAGCGGUGUUCGCGAAACAAAUGCGUCAGCCUUCGUUUUCUUUCUGGCUCCUGAUGUGUCCGGCCAAAUAGCGGACGUCCUUGCCUUUGCUGAUCGUCGACGGAAGUGGAACAAAGGUGCACAGAACAACAUGUCGUGGCUGGUGGUUUUGCUGUUGCAGUUACUGGUAUUGCAGCCCCAGCAGCAACAAUCGCUGCUGGCGGAAAAGGUCGGCCAUUCAGAAAGGCAAUUAGCUAGGCCCCCCGAUGCUGAUGCUGAUGAAACCGCGACGUUAAGCGACAAUUUAAAUUCUACGCCAACACCAACUGAAACUAUAAAAAAGGAGGCCACUACGUAUGCAGUCGCAUCAUCACCGUCAGAGCUAAGGUUGCAAGUGACACCUGCUAUGCAAUUACCGCUUAAAAGUCCUGUCACAGUGGUAACCAGAACUCAUGCUUAUGAUGAUGAGCCCAAGAACAUGGAAAGUGCGGCAACCUUAGAUGCAGAAACAGCAGGUGUGUCAGCAGAAACAGCAGUAUCCCUGGGGCAACAACUGCGACCUGUACAAAUAAAUAUAUCAGAAACUAUGGUGGCAGUGCCACAAAUUGUUACAACAGUGAUUGUAACCCAUCCAACCACCGAAACAAGCAAAGCAAAUAUAGCCACAGAAGCAGUACCAACAGUAGCAUCAGCAACAGCGGCAACCUCAGCAACAGCAGCAAUAAUGCCGGCAAAAACAAAGCGCACUGAGCGGACAGAUGGGGCUAAUAAGAUUGUUGACAAAGCUGGAAUGAAAUUCAAUAUGAACACGUCGCUGGAUACCGCACAAAGCUAUGUAAAUGCCACAGAGGGGUGGCCAACACCCCUAGUGCCAACAGCAAUAGUGGCAGCAACAACAGUGCCAACAAAUGCCAACCAUAUAGCCGCAUCAACGAUAUCGUCGGGAGUAACAAGCACAACAACAGCAAGGAUUAGUUCUGGGAAAAGUAUUCCCAUCCCCAGAUUACUUUUGUCUGCUGGCAAUGCGGCUCAGAUUAUGGCCAAGGCUCUGGACAAUCCACUUCCCUCCCAAUUGACUCCAUCCGCUACCACGACGGCAUCAGGCUGGCCCGUAAAGCAUGCGGCAGUGCUCGAGGGGGACGUGAUCCUGGGUGGCCUGAUGAUGGUGCACUCGCGGGAGGAUAGCAUCACCUGUGGACCGAUUAUGCCGCAAGGUGGCAUACAAGCACUGGAGGCGAUGCUCUAUACUUUGGACCAGGUCAACAAGCAGCAACUGCUGCCAAAUGUGACAUUGGGCGCUCACCUCCUCGACGAUUGUGACAAGGACACCUACGGCUUGGAGAUGGCCGUUGACUUUAUAAAAGGAUCCAUUAGCAAUAUUGAUGAUGCCGAAUACCAUUGCAACAAGACGCAAGUGCGGAAGGUCAUCUCGGGGGUGGUGGGCGCCGCCUCCUCGGUCACAUCCAUACAAGUGGCCAAUUUAUUGCGUUUAUUUCGCAUUCCCCAGGUAUCCUACUUUUCUACCAGCCCGGAGCUUAGUAAUAAACAGCGCUUUGAGUACUUUUCUCGCACAAUUCCCUCGGAUCACUACCAGGUUAAGGCCAUGGUGGAGAUUGUCAAGAGGAUGGGAUGGAGCUACGUGUCGAUAAUCUACGAGGAGAGUAAUUAUGGCAUAAAGGCUUUUGAGGAACUUGAGGAGCUACUGGCGCGCCAUAACAUUUGUAUUGCCAUCAAGGAGAAGCUCGUCAAGGAUUCGGGAGUGGCUGAGGACAUUGCGUACGAUAAUAUCGUACAGAAAUUGCUGACGAAGCCGCGAGCUCGAGGAGCCAUAAUAUUCGGCUCGGACCAGGAGGUGAGGCAAGUGAUGCGGGCCGUGCGGCGGGCGAAUGCAACUGGUUCCUUCUCCUGGAUUGGAUCGGAUGGCUGGAGUGCCCGGAAUCUGGUAUCUGACGACUAUGAGCCGGAGGUGGAAGGCACACUGUCUGUGCAGCCUCAGGCGAAUCCUGUUCGUGGUUUCGAGGAAUACUUUCUCGGUCUGACGGUGGAGAAUAAUCAACGUAAUCCCUGGUUUGUCGAAUUCUGGGAAGACCAUUUUCAGUGUCGUUAUCCUGGCAGUACCAGUACUCCUUACAAUAAUUACACCAAGGAGUGCACCAAAAAAGAGAGACUUUCUCGACAAAACACCGACUUUGAGGAUCAAUUGCAGUUUGUAAGCGAUGCUGUGAUGGCUUUUGCUUAUGCUUUGAGGGACAUGCACCGAGAUCUCUGUGGCGGAGGACCUUCUUUGUGCGAAGCCAUGAAGCCAACCAAGGGAGCUGAUUUACUGAAAUACUUGCGAAAAGUGGAGUUCGAAGGUCUCAGCGGCGAUGAGUUCCGCUUUGAUGGCAACGGCGACGGCCCGGCCCGCUACAAUAUUAUCCACUUUAAGCAAUCCCAGGCGGGCCAGUACCACUGGGUCAAGGUGGGCGAAUAUACCGAGGGCGAACUGCGACUCAAUAUGUCUGAGGUGAAGUUCAAGCGUCUGAGCCCAAAGCCCCCCGAAUCCGUUUGCAGCCUGCCCUGUGAGCUGGGCCAGGCCAAGAAGUACGUCGAGGGUGAAAGCUGCUGCUGGCAUUGCUUUAACUGCACAACCUAUCAAAUCCGACACCCUGAUGACGAGACCCACUGCAAGCUGUGCAAGCUAGGCACCCUGCCCGAUGCCCACAAGCAGUACUGCCGACCCAUCCCGGAAAUAUACCUCCGGCCGGAGUCCGCCUGGGCCAUUGGAGCGAUGGCGUUUAGUGCGACAGGCAUUCUCAUAACACUCUUUGUCAUGGGCGUCUUCGUCAGACACAACGACACGCCCAUAGUUCGCGCAUCGGGUCGGGAGCUGAGCUACAUCCUUUUGGCCGGCAUUUUCAUGUGCUACGGUGUCACGUUUGCCCUGGUCCUGAAGCCCACCAACAUAGUGUGUGCCAUUCAGCGGUUCGGUGUGGGAUUCUGCUUCACGGUCGUCUAUGCUGCACUGUUGACCAAAACGAAUCGCAUCGCACGCAUCUUCAAAGCCGGCAAACAAUCCGCCAAACGGCCCUCAUUCAUUAGUCCCAAGUCCCAGCUGGUAAUCUGUACGUGCCUGGUCAGUGUUCAGAUACUCAUCAACGGUGUUUGGAUGGUAAUUGCGCCAUCACAUGCCAUGCAUCAUUAUCCGACACGCGAGGAUAACCUGCUUGUCUGCGAUUCGUAUAUCGACGCCUCCUACAUGAUAGCCUUCUUCUAUCCCAUCGUCUUAAUUAUAAUUUGCACAGUCUACGCGGUGCUCACACGAAAAAUACCCGAGGCCUUCAAUGAAUCGAAGCAUAUAGGUUUCACCAUGUACACGACCUGUGUGAUCUGGCUGGCCUUCGUCCCACUCUACUUUGGAACCGCCAACCACGUCCCGCUCCGCAUCACCAGCAUGUCGGUGACCAUCAGUCUCUCCGCCAGCGUGACUAUUGCCUGUCUGUUCUCCCCAAAGCUUUACAUAAUACUAAUUCGACCGGAGCGAAACGUGCGACAGAGCAUGAUGCCACCGCGCUAUGGCAACAUGCACCGGACCGCUGGCACAGGGCCCUCGUCCAUGAUGGCAGCUGCUGUGGUGACCGCGGCCACCUGUGCCCAGGAGGAGAAAAUCCAGAAGCAUAUCACGCCCACAAACACAGAGAACUCCCUCAAGACGAAGAAAUUGUGCGAAAUGGCAACACAGACAAUUUCGAGCAUCAUCACCUCGCUGGACAUCAAUGCCUACAAUCAAAUACCAUAUGCCGAUCAGUAUGUGCCAAACAAUACGACUACGGCCACAACCACGCCCACCGACAAGGGCGGCGGCAACAGUCUCAGCAAUGGCAACAGCAAUGGCAACAGCAACGGCAAUGGAAGUAGCAACAAUAGCAAUGGUGCUGGCGAUGAGGUUGUCGAGAAAGUUGUGGCCAACAAUAACAAAAUCAAUCAGCGGCAACAUGGCCAAGCCGCCGUAGGCUUCGCCAUUCCAACGGCCAACAAUCGCAUAGCCAACACGGCCGCAACCACAACGACAGCAACAGCAACAACAGCUACAGCAACAGAAACUGCGGCACCAGCAACAACAGCGACAAUGAGUGCCGUGAUAACACCGACAACUGACGCCGGUGAGGCCACAUCCGCCGCUGUAAAUCGACCACCGGUUCUACAAACAAACUUAUAGCUAAACGCACAACAAUUACAACAGCAGUUACUGAAAGAGCAGCAGCGACAACAAGCAGAAUCUCAACAGCAG